CCUAACAGACCUUUUAAAGUGCUUUAAAUAUGCACCAGACUGUAAGAUAAUUUUUUGUGUGAGUAGAUGGGUGGAGGGUCAGAAAGCAAACCUCUCUGCGUGAGCGAUUGGAGAGUUGUGCGUCACUACUCUCUCCGCUCUCUCCGGCAAUGGAGACUUACUGCCGGACGGAGCAAUCGUUUCUGUGGCGUAAAAUGGGCGGCGAUGAGUUGACAAUCGCCAGUCGAUAGCAAAACAUGAGAGAGUGCUCAUCGCGCAGCAAUACGCGUCUACUUAGUGUGGUAAUCGUAAUCGAUCAACGUCUCAGAAUCGACACUUGUCGAUAUUUAAUCGAGAUCCUAUCUCGCCGCAUUACGGGCGAUUAACGAUAGUUGGUUAGACCUGUUCCCACAUCUAUGGAGUUUCAUCUAGACAGUGCAGAAUACUGCCAGGCACAGCACAAAUAAAAA